AUGUCUAAUUCGCAAUCGUCCGCGCAGACUUCUACAAACUACAAAGAAGCCUUCUCCCUGUACGACAAGCGCGGCAACGGCCGUGUUCCGCUCGGGUCUCUUGGUGACCUCCUGCGUGCUUGUGGACAGAACCCGACCCUCGCUGAGAUCAGAGACUUGGAAAAGACGGUAGGAGGCGAUUUUGACUUUGAUGCGUUCAGCAAAGUUCUCAACCGACCUGGCGGUUUCAGGGACCCCGGCGAACCGGAAGAAUACUGUCGUGGGUUUCAGGUGUUUGACAAAGACAUGACUGGAUUCAUCGGAGUGGGCCAAUUGAGAUAUAUCUUGACAAAUUUGGGCGAAAAGAUGAGUGACGAAGAGGUUGAUGAGCUGCUGAAGGCUGUCGACACUAGCAGUGGAGAGAUCAACUACAUGGAACUCGUCAGGACCAUUCUGGCAAACUAA